CGCAUGUGCAAAAAUCAUCAAAGCAAACGAAGCAAACAGACAUGGUAUCAGACAGAAAAUAAGCAAAAUAAGGUAUAUAACAAAUAUGUAUUAAGUAAAAAGAAUUGUUCAUAAUUUUGAAAACAUUUUAUUCAUAUUUCUUGAGGUAUUUCGCUAUCUCAUUGUUUAAUAGGAAGAAAAUUAUGUCUGAACAUUCUAUACCUUUGUACAUUCUCGACGACUUGAGCAGUCGUUUUAUAAUAAACGUACCCGAAGAAGAAAGAAAGGACCUAGUCCGUAUUUGUUUUCAAAUUGAAUUGGCGCAUUGGUUUUACUUGGAUUUCUAUUGUGUGGAAGAAAAUUCAAAACUCAAAUCGUGUGGCAUGAAGGAAUUUGUAACUCAUAUCUUUCAACAUAUUCCAUUUUUAAAACCUCAUUUAACUAAUAUUGACUCAAUAAUUGAUCAAUGGAGGGAAUAUAAGCAAAAUGUACCAACAUUUGGUGCAAUCGUUUUAAAUGAAGACAUGACAAAAGUUCUUCUUGUUCAAAGUUAUUGGGCGAAAAGUAGCUGGGGUUUUCCUAAAGGCAAAGUCAACGAGGACGAAGAUCCGUCACACUGUGCUGUUCGUGAAGUAUUGGAAGAAACAGGCUUUGAUAUUUCUAAUUUAAUCGAUAAAAAUGAAUACAUCGAAUCUGUUAUCAACGAUCAACUGGUGAGACUUUACAUUAUAAGUGGCGUUCAAAAGGAUACCAAAUUUCAGCCAUUGACACGUAAAGAAAUUAAAAAUGUCGAGUGGUUCUCACUGGCUGAUUUGCCAAACAAUAAAAAGGACAUGACUCCGAAAGUGAAAAUGGGAGUUGGACCGAAUUCAUUUUUCAUGGUCGUUCCUUUCGUCAAGCGAAUAAAACGUUGGGUUCAGGAGAAGCAGCAAAGGGAAAAAAAUGUUCCAGGGCGUAGGCAUCGGCACAAAUCUGUUGGUGAUGUUGAAAAUUCAGCGAGAAGUAAACGACAACAGCAAAUGAUCUCUCAAAAUGAAGUCUCAGAUUCAAGAAAUACACGACAACCGAACACUUCUCCAGUUCGAAGUCGUAAGAGUACUCACGAAAAUAAAAAUUCCACCACAAAAAAUGCAUUUAAACGUAAUUUAUUCGGCGAUUUGAAUAGUGAUCAAUCACCGGCAGUGCUUGCUAAACAACUGAUCGAGAGUCCUUUACGCCAUCAAACCUUAAUAUUCAAUGACUCGUCGAUUCAUUCUUCUGCCAAGAAACAUCCAGGUGGAAAAGAAACGAAAGGCGACAAGGGAAAUUUAAAAGCACACAAUUGCGGAGCUGAGGCGAAUCGAAAAUUGAAUACCGAUGUAAAACGUAAUCAAUCACCAUUUUCUACUGGUACACAAGGUUCUUUAGCGAUAAAGGAAUCGUCCUCAAAAGAUGAAUUUCGAACUAAAAUAUGGUCUCAUUUUAAAUUUGAUAAGAAGAUUAUUCUUAAUUGUCUAUAAAGUUUUUUUUUCGUCGAGUUGUAAAAGAAGUUACCUGUGAUCUACAAAUUUGUAGUGAUAAUAUUAUUAUUAAUAUUAUAAUUAUUAUUAUUAAUAUUACUAUUUUUUAAAAGCUUCGCUUAUGUCGAGAUUAAUAAUAUUUAAAUACGAUUUCAAAUGAUUGUAAAGUACAUUUUGUUGACAAGUUAUGAAGAGAACGUGUAUGAAAAAUUAUAUUAUUCUUCGUUAAUUAUUUUGAGAAAGAUUUAUUUUAGGUAAAAGACUUCGCUUAUGUCACGACGGUACUUUUUUUCUUUUUGUUAAAUCUAAUUAUUUAUCGUAAAACUAUAAGUUUUACUUGUGAUUCAUGACGAAAAAUAAUUGCUAAAAUGUUAUAUUUACUAAUUCCGUGUAUACGGUGUGUAUAAUAACAUUUACGUUAAAUCCAUUAUUUGUACACUUUUAUAUUACAUUUCGGGAACAAAUGUCAUCAUUCAUUUAAUAAAUUAUUUGUCGUAUUUUUAAAA